GAUGUUCCCUACCCCGACUUGGCACCAGUUGUCUUCUUCUGCUUGAAACAGACUACCAGCCCACGGAACUGGUGCAUCAAAAUGGUGUGCAACCCCUGGUUUGAGUGUGUCAGCAUGAUGGUGAUUUUGUUAAACUGUGUCACCCUGGGGAUGUACCAGCCAUGUGAGGAUAUGGACUGCCUUUCUGACAGGUGUAAAAUCUUGCAGGUAUUUGAUGAUUUCAUCUUCAUCUUCUUUGCCAUGGAAAUGGUCUUAAAGAUGGUGGCCUUGGGCAUCUUUGGCAAGAAAUGUUACCUUGGAGAUACUUGGAACCGGCUGGAUUUCUUCAUUGUCAUGGCUGGGAUGGUGGAGUACUCCCUGGAUCUCCAGAACAUUAACUUGUCUGCAAUCCGUACUGUGCGUGUCCUGAGACCCCUGAAAGCUAUCAACCGUGUGCCUAGCAUGCGCAUCCUUGUGAACUUGCUCCUGGACACCUUGCCCAUGCUGGGAAACGUCCUUCUUCUCUGCUUCUUUGUCUUCUUCAUCUUCGGCAUCAUCGGAGUGCAGCUGUGGGCUGGGCUGCUCCGCAACCGCUGCUUCUUGGAGGAGAAUUUCACAAUACAAGGUGACAUUGUCCUGCCCCCUUAUUACCAGCCUGAGGAAGACGAUGAGAUGCCCUUCAUCUGCUCACUGUCAGGAGACAAUGGAAUUAUGGGCUGUCAUGAGAUACCCCCAAUGAAAGAGCGAGGCCAUGAAUGUUGUUUGGACAAGGAUGAUUACUAUUACUACAACUCAGUCCGGCAAGAGUUCAACAUCAGUGGCAUGUGUGUCAACUGGAACCAGUACUACAACGUGUGCCGUACAGGCAAUGCCAACCCACACAAGGGUGCCAUCAACUUUGACAACAUCGGGUAUGCCUGGAUUGUGAUAUUUCAGGUGAUCACACUGGAAGGGUGGGUGGAGAUCAUGUACUAUGUGAUGGAUGCCCAUUCCUUCUACAAUUUUAUCUACUUUAUCUUGCUGAUAAUCGUGGGCUCCUUCUUCAUGAUUAACCUGUGCCUGGUGGUCAUCGCCACACAGUUCUCAGAGACCAAGCAGCGGGAGCACCAGCUGAUGCAGGAGCAGCGGGCUCGGUACCUCUCCUCCAGCACUGUUGCCAGCUACAUGGAGCCAGGAGACUGCUAUGAGGAGAUCUUCCAAUACGUCUGCCACAUCCUGCGCAAAGCCAAGCGCCGCACCCUCGGGCUGUACAACAGCAUACAGAGCCGGCGCCAGGGCCACGCAGGGCCGAGCGAUGCCGGGCGAGGCGCGAGCCAGAAGAGCCAGAGGCGUGACAGGCUUUGCCAGCAGCACAACUCUCUUAACUGCCCUUCUCAGGGCUUAGUCCAGCCCAUUGCUAUGACAGCAACCUCUGAUCCCACCAACUGCCCCCGAUGCCGUAGUGGGGAGCAAGAACCAUCCCGAAGGCUCUCUGUCCUGGGUAGUGCUGACUCAGACCAGGUGGAUGGAGGAACCAGUGAAGAGGAGGGAGAGGACAGCAGAGAGGACCAGGAUGCCUCAGCACUGGAGAAGGAGGAGGAGGAGGUGGAAGAAGGUGGACGGCUGAAGCUCUGCAGUGAUAUGUGGCGAGAAGUGAGGGUCAAGCUUCGAGGGAUUGUGGACAGCAAAUACUUCAAUCGUGGGAUCAUGAUUGCAAUCCUAGUGAACACUAUCAGCAUGGGCAUCGAGCACCAUGAGCAGCCAGAGGAAUUGACCAACAUCUUGGAGAUCAGCAAUGUUGUCUUUACAAGCAUGUUUGCCCUGGAGAUGAUCCUGAAACUUGCAGCUUUUGGUCUCUUCGAUUACCUCCGCAACCCCUACAACAUCUUUGACAGUAUCAUCGUCAUCAUCAGCAUCUGGGAGAUCAUUGGCCAGGCGGACGGGGGCCUCUCUGUGCUGAGGACUUUCCGUCUCCUGCGGGUGCUGAAGCUGGUGCGGUUCAUGCCUGCACUGCGCCGCCAGCUUGUGGUGCUGAUGAAGACUAUGGACAACGUAGCCACCUUCUGCAUGCUUCUCAUGCUCUUCAUCUUCAUAUUCAGCAUCCUGGGAAUGCACAUCUUUGGUUGCAAGUUUAGCCUCAGGACAGACACAGGAGAUACGGUUCCUGACCGGAAGAAUUUUGACUCCCUGCUGUGGGCCAUUGUCACCGUCUUCCAGAUCCUAACCCAGGAGGAUUGGAAUGUUGUGCUCUAUAAUGGCAUGGCCUCUACCUCGCCAUGGGCUUCCCUCUACUUUGUGGCUCUCAUGACAUUUGGCAAUUAUGUGCUCUUCAAUCUGCUGGUGGCCAUUCUGGUGGAGGGGUUCCAGGCUGAGGGUGAUGCCAACCGUUCAUAUUCAGAUGAAGAUCAGAGUUCAUCAAACAUGGAGGAGUUAGAUCAGUUCCAAGAGGUUCAGGAAGGCUCAGAUCCCAAGCUCUGUGCAAUUCCUGUGACACCUAAUGGACACUUGGACCCAUCCUUGCCUUCUUCAAACCCACCAGUGGCUGCUGGGGGAGUCACCAACUCCUCUCGCAAUUCCUUGCAGCCUGACCAGAUCCGUGUUACUGUUGGCUCGAGGAAGAGUAGUGUCAUGUCCCUGGGCAGAAUGACCUAUGACCAGCGCUCGUUGUCCAGCUCCCGCAGUUCCCACUAUGGUGCCUGGAGCCGCAGCGGGGCCUGGGGAAGCUGCUGCUCCAGCUGGAACAGCCUGGCCCGGGGACACAGCCUGAAGCACAAACCUCCCUCUGCUGAGCACGAAUCCCUCCUGCCUGGGGAAAGGCAUAGGGCAGCAGAUGGGGAGCCAGACAGGACGGGAAGGGUGUAUCAUCACCGCCGGACGCUUUCCCUGGACACCAAAGACUCCUGUGAUCUGCUGGAGUUGGCCUCAGUCCCAUCUGCCCACAGAGUGACCCAUAAGCUGGGAGCAGCUUCUGGGGCCAGUGAGCAUCAAGACUGCAAUGGCAAAAUGCCCACUAUUGCCAAGGAGAUCUUCCCAAAGAUGAACAACCGCAAAGACCGGGGAGAGGAUGAUGAAGAGAUAGAUUAUAGCCUGUGCUUUCGCAUCCGGAAGAUGAUGGAAGUCUAUAAACCAGACUGGUGUGAAUUACGGGAAGACUGGUCCAUAUAUCUCUUCUCUCCACAAAACAGGUUUCGCCUCCUCUGCCAAACCAUCAUUGCUCACAAGCUCUUUGACUACGUUGUGCUGGCCUUCAUCUUCCUAAACUGCAUCACCAUUGCCCUGGAGAGACCGCAGAUUGAACACAGAAGCACGGAGAGAAUCUUUCUCACUGUGUCCAACUACAUUUUCACAGCAAUUUUUGUAGCUGAGAUGACACUGAAGGUUGUCUCUCUAGGCCUGUAUUUUGGGGAUCAGGCUUAUCUCCGCAGCAGCUGGAACAUCUUGGAUGGCUUCUUGGUCUUCGUGUCUAUCAUUGACAUCGUAGUCUCAGUGGCCUCUGCUGGUGGUGCCAAAAUCCUGGGGGUGCUGCGGGUCCUCCGGCUGCUGCGCACCUUACGUCCCCUCCGAGUCAUCAGCCGAGCCCCUGGCCUGAAGCUGGUGGUGGAGACACUAAUUUCUUCCCUCAAGCCCAUAGGAAACAUUGUCCUCAUCUGCUGUGCUUUCUUCAUCAUCUUUGGCAUCCUGGGUGUGCAGCUCUUCAAGGGCAAGUUCUACCACUGCCUGGGAGUUGACAUCAGGAACAUCACCAACCGUUCUGACUGCAUGGCUGCCAACUACAAGUGGGUGCACCACAAGUAUAACUUCGACAACCUGGGACAGGCUCUGAUGUCCCUCUUCGUUCUGGCUUCCAAGGAUGGCUGGGUCAAUAUUAUGUAUAAUGGACUAGAUGCUGUGGCUGUUGACCAGCAGCCGGUGAUCAACAACAACCCCUGGAUGCUCCUCUACUUCAUCUCCUUUCUCCUCAUCGUCAGCUUCUUUGUGCUCAACAUGUUCGUGGGGGUGGUGGUGGAGAACUUCCACAAGUGCCGGCAACACCAAGAGGCCGAGGAGGCGCGGCGGCGGGAGGAGAAACGCCUGCGCCGCUUGGAGAAGAAGCGAAGGAAGGCGCAGCGUUUGCCGUACUAUGCUACCUACUGCCCCAUCCGCCUCCUUAUUCAUUCGGUCUGCACCAGCCACUAUCUGGACAUCUUCAUCACUUUCAUCAUCUGCCUCAACGUGGUCACUAUGUCCUUGGAGCACUACAACCAACCUGUGUCCCUGGAGACCGCUCUCAAGUACUGCAACUACCUGUUCACCACUGUCUUUGUGUUGGAGGCAGUCCUCAAACUGGUGGCAUUCGGUCUGCGGCGAUUCUUCAAAGACAGGUGGAACCAGCUGGAUCUGGCCAUUGUGCUGCUGUCUGUCAUGGGCAUCACGUUGGAAGAGAUUGAAAUCAAUGCUGCUCUCCCAAUUAACCCCACUAUCAUCCGCAUUAUGAGGGUGCUGCGCAUCGCCCGGGUCCUGAAGCUACUGAAGAUGGCCACAGGAAUGCGAGCACUGCUGGAUACAGUUGUUCAAGCCCUGCCACAGGUGGGAAACCUCGGACUGCUUUUCAUGCUCCUCUUUUUCAUCUAUGCUGCUCUAGGAGUGGAGCUCUUUGGAAAACUGGUAUGCAAUGAUGAGAACCCCUGUGAGGGCAUGAGCCGCCAUGCCACCUUUGAGAACUUCGGGAUGGCCUUCCUCACACUCUUCCAGGUGUCCACAGGUGACAACUGGAAUGGGAUUAUGAAGGAUACCUUGCGUGACUGCAGCCACGAUGACCGGAGCUGCCUCAGCAACCUGCAGUUCAUCUCCCCACUGUACUUUGUCAGCUUUGUGCUCACAGCCCAGUUUGUCCUCAUCAAUGUGGUGGUAGCUGUGCUCAUGAAACAUCUCGACGACAGCAACAAGGAGGCCCAGGAGGAUGCAGAGAUGGAUGCGGAGAUUGAACUGGAAAUUGCACAUGGGCUGUGCUCCCGCAAGUCAGGCUCUUCAAAUUCAGGACAGGGAAAAGGAGCAGGAACAGGAGGAGGUGGUCAGAGAACAGAUCCUGAAGGACGUCUGUGCAUGAGAUGUUACUCUCCAGCACAGGAGAACUUAUGGCUGGACAGUGUCUCUUUAAUUAUUAAGGACUCCUUCGACGGGGAGUUAAUGAUCAUCGAUAACCUAUCGGGCUCCGUCUUCCAUCAUUACUCCUCGCCGGCCAUGUGCGAGAAGUGUAACCAUGACAAGCAAGAGGUCCAGCUGGCUGAAAUGGAAGCAUUAUCCCUCAACUCAGACAAGUCCUCUUCCAUCCUUCUAGGAGAUGAGUCAGACAAUCGCAGCACUUCUCAGCUGAGUCCUGAGGAGAUCAAGAAGGAUGGCCAGGACAGCCCUGACUCCAAUGGGGUAGGAGAUCUGGAGGAAUGCCUGCUCCCAGUAUCCAGUGCAGAUGGCUCUACAAACCCAGACAGUUACCUGUGUGAAAUGGAGAAAACUCCUUUUAACUCAGUCCAGUCUUGGCUAAAGCAUGAAAGUACCAAAGUUCCUCCCAGCCCUUUCUCUCCAGGAGCAUCUUGCCCUCUGUUACCUGUGCCAGCAGAAUUUUUCCACCCAGCCAUCUCCACCACCCAGACAGGACCUGAAAAAGUCUCAUGUCCACACAACCUUCCCAAGAUCUCUCUGCAAGGCUCAUGGGCAUCACUGAGGUCUCCAAACGUGAACUGUUCACUUAUUCAUCAG